CAGCAUAAGCUUGCCUUUUCCUUCGGUGACUACACCCCGAGAGGAGGAGCGUAGUGUGCAGCGUAGUAGGCGUCAGGAUCCUCAAUUUCCAACUUAGCAUCUUGGCAGGACAUUUUCCCAAGCAAAGCCCCCGUUCGACGGGCAAAAAAAAAAAACUUCUGCACGGGCAUGAGCGCGACGGUGCAACCCAGAUAAGGGAGCAGCAGAAAAACAAACCUCCGACGGACGCUGGUUCAGUGGCUGGCAGCGACCAAAAAUAAUAACAAUCCCCCCCAACACCCAAGCCUCUUUUUUCCCCCCCAAACUCUUUACUUUUUGCCGUCAUCACUGUCAUUAAGAAGGGGGGGACGGGCAGCGGGUCUGCAGACACACAGCUUCUAUGCGCUCCGACAGCAGCGCAUGAGAACAUAAAGGGGGGAAAGUGCGCAAGUUAAGUGGCUGACACUCUCCGGGCUCCAGCAUGGCGUAUCCUCAGGGCUACUUGUACCAGCCGUCCGCAUCUUUAGCCCUGUAUUCGUGCCCCGCGUACAGCACCAGCGUCAUAUCGGGACCCAGGACGGAGGAACUUGGGAGAUCCUCUUCGGGAUCAGCCUUUGCGCCCUAUGCCGGAUCUACCGCGUUCACCAGCGCCUCGCCGGGCUACAACUCCCACUUGCCAUACAGUGCAGACGCGGCGGCAGCUGCCACAUUCACCUCAUACGUGAGUUCCCCCUAUGACCACACCACGGGCAUGGCCGGGUCAAUAGGAUACCACCCUUACGCUGCACCCCUGGGCACCUAUCCCUACGGUGACCCGGCGUACCGCAAAAACGCGACCCGGGACGCCACCGCCACCCUGAAGGCCUGGCUCAACGAGCACCGCAAGAACCCCUACCCCACCAAGGGGGAGAAGAUCAUGCUGGCCAUCAUCACCAAGAUGACCCUCACCCAGGUGUCCACCUGGUUCGCCAACGCCAGGAGGAGGCUAAAGAAGGAGAACAAGAUGACCUGGACCCCGAGGAACCGCAGCGAGGACGAGGAGGAGGACGAGAAUAUCGAUCUGGAGAAAAACGAUGACGACGAGCCAAAUAAGCCCACAGACAAGGGAGACUCCACAGACACAGAAGCAGAUCACAAACUGCUGAACCCAGGAGACAUAGGCUGCGAGAGAUUUAAAGAAGAAAACCAUGGCAAAGACACGGAUCCCCUUCUGAGCGACUCGGAGUUAAAAGAGCAGGAGGAGCGGACUACAGAGUUGCUGCCGGAUUCCGCGAAGCCCACCACCUCGUCUCCCUCGGCGGUGCCCCGGGGGAGCCAGGCCGGGGCGCAGCAGGACAAACCGGCAGAUUUGAGCCAUGCACCGGGAACGGUGACCAGCAACGUGACCUCUGUUAUCCACUCGCCGCCCUCGGCGCCCAAACCCAAACUGUGGUCCCUCGCAGAGAUCGCCACGUCCUCAGACAGGUGUAAGAGCGGCGGAGACGCGCCGCAGGCGUGUCCCGGUCUGGGCCAGAGCGCGGUGAUGGGCAGCGGCGCGUCCCCGUCCCGGUCCUCCCCCCAGUGCCCGCUCCCCAGCAGCACGGUCCUGUCCAGGCCUCUGUACUACACCUCCCCUUUCUACCCCGGCUACACGAACUACGGUGGCAGUUUUGGACACCUUCACAGUAACCACGGCUCGGUGACCACGGGCUCCACGGCACAUUUCAAUGGAUUAAACCAGACUGUGUUAAAUAGAGCAGAGGCUUUGGUAAGAGAGAGCCAGAAAGUCAGAGGCCAAACGCAGGUAGAUCUUUGUAAAGACUCCCCUUAUGAACUAAAGAAAGGUAUGUCAAACAUUUAAUACCUGAAUAUUUUCCACUCACCGCGGACUUUUAUUUAUUUUAUUUUUUUGUGGUUGCGUUAAGGAGAAAAAAAAAAACAGACAAAGAACAAUGAUGAAGCAAAUUCUGAGAACAGUUAUUUUCUGAGUAAAUGCUUAUCCUCAAAUUUUUAGUUUCUGAAUGGUUAAUCCUAAAGUGUAACAUGAAUGGUCUUAAUCGCUGCAGCCGCCUGAGUCUAUUUGUAUUAAAGACUAACAUGUAUAUUUAAUGUAGCAUUUUUGUAUUUAAAAUGGACAACACACUAUCUUUGAAGUAAAUUAUGGAGAAAAAAAAUAUAUACUUGUGCAGCGAUUAUUUGUGGGAGCUUGACAUGUGUUUUGAAGUGUUUCAAGGCCAGCUAAUUUGGAGGAAAUAUUAAUUCAAUUUUACCCUGACAGAUGUUUUCACGGUUAUUUAAAAAUAUAUAUUCAUUGUGGCAGUGAGAGAUCUGACAAACUUGAAGGAAAAGGCCUGAAUUUAACCAAAGGAUGCUGGAUUAUCAAAAACAAUAAAAAAGGGGGAUCGUUCUUUUGUUGGUGCUAAUAUAUAAAUGGAUUAUAUGGAUCAGAA